ACCGGCAAGAGCAGCAGCAGUGAUGAUCAGUAAGGAUCAAGAGGAAUCACUGUGAAUGGUGUGCCUAUACACCAACCGACAAAUUGAAUCAAAAGAAAGGAGGGAAGCCGAAGCCCGGGAAACGGAAGCAAGGAAGAAGCACGAAGACCAAGAGAGGGCGGCGAGGGAAGAAAGGAGCAGACUCGAGCUUCAGAAGAAGCAGGCGAAGGAGAAGAAGGAAGCAGAGCGGCAGUGGAAUUUGGAGAAUCUUCUCGCAAAGCAAAAGGAGAAUCUCAGGGAGGAGUUUGAAAUUAUUUUUGAAAAGAAAUUAAAAAAGGCUUUAGUUGCUCAGAAGGCCCUGCAAGGGAAGGCCAGAACCGAAUCCGGUUCAGACGAGGAGGAAGAUAUGAUGGAGGAGCUAUUGGAGAAGCGGAAACGUCGGCCUGUCCCAACCUGCCAAGUGGACGCACUAGGGGAAUCACCCCUCAAGGUGGGGCGGGCCUCCCCAUCCAGGGCGGCUGCUGAGGAGCGAUCCCCACGCUUGGCGGUACCGCAGAGGCUGGGGGGGACGGACAGUACCCGAUUGGGAUUCCCAUACCAGGAUUCUGGACUAUGGGAAAGUGCCCCGACCGCGGAUGAUUUUGUGAAAACAAGGGCCUUUCGGAAGGUCAUUCAUAAGUUCUUGAGUAAGAAAACGAAACUGACGAUCGAUGAAAUGUGCAAGGAGGGAGGAGUCGUGUAUCGCGGGCGUCUUGAGGCCGUCGACGAGCUAGUUGAGCUGCGCAUGAUGUACUUCAGUGCACAACCUGCAUCACCGGCUGCACCAAGACCCAGACAGAGAAGUGGUGGGAUCGUCAUACGUGAAGUAGCCCAACCAGAAGAGCCCCAACACGCGAGCCGGGACUCUCCAACGAAGGGGGGAGACCCGGAGGUCGUGGAGCCAUAGAGGCCCUGAGCUAUGGGACGAGUUGGGGGUACACAUGAGAUUACGUAGGAGUGUCGCUGGGCAGAUGGAUGAAGGAAAUAAGGCGACCAGGGGUAUUUUGAAAUACAUACUUAGGUACUCAAUCAUUCUGCUUGUGCUAAACGGAUAAAUUCAGUGGGGGAUG